UUCUAUACUAUUCAUUGGAGUCAUUGAAAACGAGCCUUUAUGGCCGAAACCAAGAGAAUCAUCACCAUUUUCCUAAGGCUUCUAGCUUUGGGUGCAACUGUUUCUGCAACAGUUGCCAUGGUUACUAGCCACGACUCUGCUGAGGUUUUGAACAUAAAAUUCAUGGCAAAAUACAACACCGCCCCUUCAUUCAAGUUUUACGUGAUUCCAGAGGCAAUUGCAAGCGGCUACGGCCUUGUAGCUCUCUUUUUAUCUAGGAAGAGCUGGGUAGAUGGCUUGAUUGUGAUCAUGGACGUGCUUAUAGCAAUGCUAUUAACAUCGAGUAUCUCAGCUGCUUUGGCAGUAGGAGAGAUAGGGAAGAAAGGGAAUGGUCAUGCAGGUUGGCUUCCCAUCUGCGACCAAGUUCCAAAAUUUUGCGACCGUGUCACUGGCUCCCUUAUAGCCGGUUUUGCCGCCGCAAUAGUUUACUUGGUGCUCAACCUGUAUUCUCUUCAUGUUGUGCUGGCUCCCCUUUUCCCAGUGUAAUCCUAAACCAGAUAUGUGCAUGCUGCUAUGGCGUCUCUGCGUUGCACCCUUUUUUGUUUGGUUUUGUUUCUUUUUAAUUAGUC